UUUCACAGUGAGGAUAGACAGUGGGUGCUCACUAACGGAUGGUUUCAUUUCCCCCUUGGUGACAAAUUUGAUGUGAGAGUUGAAAAAGAGAAAAUGAAGAUAACUCCCAAGUGUUGCCUGGGAGAGUGAGGGCUGGUGCUAUCAUUCACUAAGACUGGAAACUCAGGAGCACUGAGCAGAUUCUGGCGCAUUCCUGGGAGGAAAUUAGGAGUUUGAGUUUGGAUACGUUUUUCAUGAGCCUAGAAAUCUCUAGUGAAGAUGUGCCCCAGGAAGUUGGAUACACCAUCUGCAGUUCUGGAGCAUUCUGGGCUGGAGAUGAAGUUCAAGAGUCAUUAGCUGGGAGGAGGUUGUUAAAACCAUGAUAGUGGGUGAGAUCCCCAGUGGCCCAGCCAAGUGAGUGAGGACGCAGGCCGCUGUGGGACCCGCGGGAACACACCAUCAAAAGCCAGGCGGUGGAGGCCCGGAAGCUGCAUUCACCAAGGAAAGUGCAAAAUUUGGUGAGAGGCGAGACCUGAGCCACUGCUGGAAACUGUGUACUUCAAGCAUUACAGACGGAAGGCGUGGUCAGCAGGUUCAAAUACUGGGGAGAGGCAAGUGAGGGAGGUUCCAGCGCACUCGCUGGCUUUGGCAACUAGGCUGUCAGUGCGGACUUGGAGGAGCAGCCGAGAUGCCACGCCAAUUCCCCAAGCUGAACAUCUCUGAGGUGGAUGAGCAAGUCCGGCUCCUGGCUGAGAAAGUGUUUGCUAAAGUGCUCCGAGAAGAGGACAGCAAAGAUGCCUUAUCCCUCUUCACUGUCCCCGAGGACUGCCCCAUCGGGCAGAAGGAGGCCAAGGAGAGAGAGCUGCAGAAGGAGCUGGCGGAGCAGAAGUCUGUGGAGACUGCAAAAAGAAAGAAAAGUUUCAAGAUGAUUCGGUCCCAGUCCCUGUCUCUGCAAAUGCCAACGCAGCAAGACUGGAAGGGUCCCCCGACAGCCAGUCCAGCCUUGUCUCCCACAAGCCCUGUCCUCCAAGAAGCCACUUCCCAGCCCAUGCCAGCGCCCUAUACUGUGUCUGAGUUCCAGCGGGUCACCAUCAGUGGAGAUUACUGUGCCGGGAUCACUGUGGAAGACUAUGAGCAGGCUGCCAAGAGCCUGGCCAAGGCCCUGAUGAUCCGGGAGAAGUACGCCCGGCUCGCCUAUCACCACUUCCCACGGACCACGGCCCAGUACCUGGGUUAUCAGUGGGCAGACAUGGCACCUCCGGAAGAGGGCUGCCCAGACUUCCACCCUCCCCCACUGCCCCAGGAAGACCCUUAUGACCUGGAUGAUGCGCCCCCCAACUUGGGCUACCUGGUCCGCAUGCAGGGCGGCAUCCUCUUUGUGUAUGAUAACCAGAAGACACUGGAGAGCCAGGAGCCCCACAACCUGCCCUACCCCGACCUGGAGACCUACACGAUGGACAUGAGCCACAUCCUGGCUCUUAUCACGGAUGGGCCCACGAAAACAUAUUGUCACCGGCGACUGAACUUUCUGGAAUCCAAGUUCAGCCUUCAUGAGAUGUUAAAUGAAAUGUCCGAGUUCAAAGAGUUGAAGAGUAACCCCCACCGAGACUUCUAUAAUGUGAGAAAGGUGGACACGCACAUCCACGCAGCUGCCUGUAUGAACCAGAAGCACUUGCUGCGCUUCAUCAAGCACACAUAUCAGACGGAGCCCGACAGAAUUGUGGCCGAGAAGCAGGGCCGGAAGAUUACCCUGCGGCAGGUGUUUGACAGCCUGCACAUGGACCCCUAUGACCUCACUGUGGACUCUCUGGACGUCCACGCGGGCCGGCAGACAUUCCAUCGCUUUGAUAAGUUCAACUCCAAAUACAACCCUGUGGGGGCCAGUGAGCUGCGUGAUCUGUAUUUGAAAACUGAAAACUACCUGGGAGGAGAGUACUUUGCUCGGAUGGUUAAGGAGGUGGCCCGGGAGCUGGAGGAGAGCAAGUACCAGUACUCAGAGCCACGGCUCUCCAUCUACGGCCGCAGUCCUGAUGAGUGGCUCAACCUCGCCCGCUGGUUCAUCCAGCACAAGGUCUACUCACCCAACAUGCGCUGGAUCAUCCAGGUGCCCCGGAUCUAUGACAUAUUUAGGUCAAAGAAGCUGCUGCCAAACUUUGGGAAGAUGCUGGAGAACAUCUUCCUGCCCCUUUUUGAGGCCACAGUCAACCCCCAAGAUCACCGAGAGCUUCACCUCUUCCUCAAAUAUGUGACAGGAUUUGACAGCGUGGAUGAUGAGUCCAAGCACAGCGAACACAUGUUCUCGGACAAGAGCCCGAGCCCGGACAUCUGGACCAGUGAGCAGAACCCGCCCUACAGCUACUACCUGUACUACAUGUACGCCAACAUCAUGGUGCUAAACAACCUCCGCAGGGAACGAGGCCUGAGCACAUUCCUGUUCCGGCCUCACUGUGGGGAGGCCGGCUCCAUCACCCACCUGGUGUCUGCUUUCCUGACUGCCGACAACAUUUCCCAUGGGUUGCUCCUCAAGAAGAGUCCGGUGUUGCAGUAUCUCUACUACCUUGCUCAGAUCCCCAUUGCCAUGUCUCCUCUUAGCAACAACAGCCUGUUCCUCGAAUAUUCCAAAAACCCUCUGAGGGAAUUUCUGCACAAGGGGCUGCAUGUUUCUCUCUCCACCGAUGACCCCAUGCAGUUCCACUACACGAAGGAAGCACUUAUGGAAGAAUAUGCAAUUGCAGCUCAGGUGUGGAAGCUGAGCACGUGUGACCUGUGUGAAAUCGCCAGGAACAGCGUGCUGCAGAGCGGCCUCUCACAUCAGGAAAAGCAAAAAUUUUUGGGACAAAAUUAUUAUAAAGAAGGACCUGAAGGAAAUGAUAUUCGAAAGACAAAUGUUGCUCAGAUCCGGAUGGCGUUCCGACACGAGACCUUAUGCAAUGAGCUCAGCUUCUUGUCCGAUGCCAUGAAAUCAGAAGAGAUCACAGCCCUGACCAAGUAGGCCCAGCACUGGACAUGCAUUUUAACUUUUUGGUUUAGUUUCAAGUCUGCUGUGAGUAACAGUGGUCAAAAUACCAAACUGGGACUUUCCUGUUGGAGAGGGUGCCUCUAGAGAACUUUCACACCAGUGAUUUUGGUUGCAUUGUUCAAUUUAAGAUCUAACAUGCCCACUUGUUAAUAUUUCUGAGUAAUAGAUAGUGACUCCUCCUUGGGGAUCUGGGAGCUGAACACUUGUCUACACUCAUUCCUAGUUAUCCAAGUAUUUCUCUUGAAACCACUAGUGCUUGUGUUGUUGGGGCCAGGAUCUUCCACGGUCCAGUGCCCACUAAUGGGAGGUCCGUGUGGUUUUCUACCAUAGUCUUUUAUGGGCCUUGCAGGCUAUUUGGUAGUUGUUCAUUUCAGCCUCUGGCUGGCUGGCUGCCUUAAACAAAAUCAAUUUCAAAGCUCCCUUCCAUAAAGGAGCUACUUUGAGACAAUUAAAAUAGAAUACUUCCUUGUGUUUUUUGUUUUUUUUUUUAAUGAAUUUAAGCUGUUUUAUUUAGCCCUCCAUACUCCUUUCUAUUUAAGAAUCCGAAUGUGUACAUUGAAAUAGUCACUCCUAUUUUGCGUCUUGGUUUCCUCAUCUGAAAAGUGAGGGUUUGGACUAGAUGAGAGGUUUUCAAAUGGUGUUCUGUGAGUCGAGGGGAGUGAGGCUCUGUGUGCUGCCUUUACUUCUUCAAAGUGACUCUGCUUUCAUCAGUUGUUCAUUGGGAUUUAUACGUAAUUUUCAUGUGAACUGAGAACUUUGAAAAGCACAGGACUGGGUGGUCUUGGUUCCUUUGGCUCUAAUAUUCUAUGGUUAUAGCCCAAUCAUUAUUAUAGUUAUGAUGGGUGAAUUAGGGCCAAAGAAGUGAAAUUUACUUGAGGUUACACAGCUAAUAAGUAAUAGGAGUAGGUGUCCCUACUCCUGAUUCAGUCUUUCCCCCACUAUUCCAUGAGGCCUCUAACAAAUGUUAGAAUUUUUAUCACUGUACCCUGGGGCAUUUUUUUUUUAAAGAUGAAAUUUCUCCCUUACCUAAUACGCAGACCUUUUUCAGAAGAUGUAGGUGGUUCCAGGGGCCAGGUAGAAAGUAUUUUUUAAGACCAAUCUGAAUUUUAGCUUUACCCAUGUAUUCUUCAUCUGUGUUACUAGUGCCUGGUACCUCGUAGGUGCUCAAUAAACGUAUAUUGAAUAAUUAAAUGAAUUUCUCUUUUGGCAACUUUUUAAGGAUAUGUGCUCCUGCUAUACAACAAGCUGCUCAAGGACCUUCCUAAGUAUUUCUGUGGGCAACUGCCGACUAUGGGAAGUCCUUCUGAAUCGUUAUGGGGUUAGAAGAACCCCAUUUUUGCCUGUGAAAAUGCUUAUUUGACUUUAGAUUGUCUUGUACUGUGACUUUAUAAUGCUUGUUCUCUUCACUUGUCAACUUUUGUACAAUUUAUUGUACAAACAAUAAAUGUGUGUGUUUUUUUAAAACUAGGCCAACAUAUAUGCCAUCUUACAGCUAAUCAUGAAACUGAAUGAAAACCCAGCAUUUAUCUUAGGUAUUAUUUUCGAAAAGACCCCGUUUGUAUACAUUUGCCCUAACACAGCAGGCAUUGUAGUUUUUCAUUGUAAUUUUAUCUGUAUCAAGUAUUUGUUUUUAAUUAUUAAAUAAAGUCUGUUGGGACUGUAGCUCAAUAAUUUAAAACUAUUUCAAAUUAAUACUAAUUUAAAGCAAAUUUUUUUUUUUAACUUUAAAAAAAGAUUGGGCAUCAGGAAAAGCUAUCAAUAACUACUAAUUUAUUUUUAACUAAGACUCAGACAUGGUUGACAUUUGCUAGGAAAACUAAAAAAUUUCAAGCUGAAGCUCACCAGACUCAGAAGGUAAACCUUUGCUGUUUUUCUCUGACUUCUACCCUGUUACAGUUUGUGAGCAAAGCCACAUGUAUUUGUUUCCUUUUCUGUGGUUAUUACUUUAAUCUGUUCAGCCAACAUUUGUUGGAUUUUACAUGUCCUGCAAACUUUUCAGAUACCUUUUUCUAUAGCACUUUACACUUUUAUUACAUCAUUGUACCUAUCUGGCCUUUUUUGGGGGGUGAACGCUACUUUCUUUCGUGUUCACAGUUGGAGUCAAAGGCAACUACCAGGGGUGCCAAAAAAUGUAUACACAUUUUAAGAGUUGUUAUCUAUGUAUUAACUUUUCGAAGUUAAAUGGAAUUAUGGUAGCAAUGUGUAGUAUGAUGUUUGCUCAAAAGAUGGCGUUAAUCAAAUGAAUGCUAGCAUCACUAUGUGACAGGCAGGCCAAAGAAAAUGGCGGAAAUUAGAGAAUGUUGUGGAAGUACAAUGACAAUGGAGGCAUGAGCAUGCAACAGAACCUCCAACACGCCUAACAACUGCAUGCAUUCCUGAGACGCAUGGUACUGUGUGUGAUGUGCACACAAGAAGAUCUGGGAGGCCUCACACAGCAACUAGUCCUGCUUCUUCUGCUGUGGUGUUGGAACAGUUUACACGCUCACCACAGAAGUCUACCAAUGUUCGCUGCAAUCAGAAAUGUCUGGACACUGAUGGUAACCACUUUGAGCACCUCUUGUAAUUGCAG